AAAGCAUGACAUGGGACCUUUAAAGGGAUUUUAAAUUGCGCCCUGCUGCAUUCUGAAGUUGGUUCUGGCUUAAAGAAGACACAGAGGAGUAGAAAUCUGUUUAAUUCAGACAGCAUUCAGAAUCUGUUUUCACCAGACGUCAUUGAAGGGUAAAGUGAGGAGAAGCUUGAAGAGCAGCUGCUAAUACAAAAAUUAAAUCAUGACAUUUUGAGGGAAGAGUAACAAGCUGAAAACAUCUGACAUGCUGUAAUGCACCUCAUCAAACUAUUGACACAUCACAUUAGCAUCCAUUUGCAGUGAUGUUGAAUGAAUGUCAUAUUCUCUCUCAGCUCUGUUUUGGUCUUCAUACCUUGGCUUAGAAAAUAAAGAAAUUGUUGCUUUAUGAGUAACAAGGUUAUGUCCUUUCAUUGUGAUUUGAGUUAAAGUCUUGUUCCUGGAGAGUGAUGUGUGUGUGGUAGUACAAGUCAGAUGUGUCUAUCAGCGGAUGUUUCCGCUGAUACACACCUCAAACUCUUUGUUUUGGAAAUGUCUCUCCACCAGCUUCUGCGGGGGGUGACCAUAUCAAGCGGAGGGGUUCUGCCUCGCAUCCACCCAGAGCUGCUCUCCAAGAAGAGGGGGGGCCGGGUGAGGGUGGACAGCCAGGCGUCCGUCCCUGAGAAGCAGGAAGAACGCCCAAAGAGCAAGAAACCCGUCAAACCCCUCAAAAAGGUUAAAGGCAAACGAGGCCGCAAGCCAAAGAGCACAGAGAACGAGUCUGUACCAAACUCCACGGUGGAGGACGGUCCUGGAGACGGGUUCACCAUCCUGUCAGCAAAGAGCCUGUUCCUGGGACAGAAGCUGUCACUCACAGAGAGUGAAAUCAGUAAAAUCGGAACAAUCAAAGUGGAGGGGAUAAUCAACCCGACAAACGCAGAGAUGGACAUGAAAGACGGAGUGGGCACCGCCCUAGAGAAGGCUGGGGGCCGAGAGUUCCUGGACGGGGUCAAGGAGCUGCGCAAGGGACACGGGCCCCUGGAGGUGGCUUCAGGUACUGCACUCAUGGGACACUGCUGUGCAGUUGAGGCUUUUUUAAUGUAGAGAUAUAACCACACG